AUGGCUUCUUUACUAACCAACUUAAAAACACCACUUCACUUUCACUUCUUCAAAACCCCUUUCUCUUUUCGAUUCAUUCCAUCCCUUUCUUACCGCUCCAACAACCCAAGCUUGUUUCAUUCUUCUAUCUCUUCCCUCAAAGCUGCCGUCGCUGCUUCCGAUUCUGCUGCUGACAAUUUGAUCGAGAAGCCUGUGAAGGAACAUUGCUAUGAUGAACAACAGCAGCAAGAUAGUAACUCUGAAGAACAAGAAGAAGAUAGGUGGGUUGAUUGGGAAGAUGAGAUUUUACAACAUACUGUUCCUUUGAUUGGCUUUGUCAAAAUGAUUCUUCAUUCUGGACUAUAUGCAAAUGGAGAUAGAAUAAGUUCAGAGCAUGAGAAGGCUAUUGUUGAAAACUUACUUUUAUUUCAUCCGGAAUUUCACGAAAAGAUUGGUUGCGGAAUCGAUUAUAUAACGAUUGGAUAUCAUCCUGAUUUUGAUACUUCUAGGUGUAUGUUCAUAGUGCGAAAAGAUGGAGAGAUGGUUGAUUUUUCAUAUUGGAAAUGUAUAAAGGGUUUGAUCAGGAAGAACUAUCCAUUAUAUGCAGACAAUUUCAUUCUCAGGCACUUCAGGAACCGGAGUCGAAGUUUUUCAAAAUAA